AUGGUUUAUCCGAUUGGUGCAAAGUUUAAUCCAACGGAUUUGGGAUUGGUGAGGCUUUACCUUCGCAACAAGGUUGAGAAUAAACAGAGCCGUUUCAUCAUACCAACUCUGAACGUUUACGAAGCCGAGCCAUGUCAUCUUCGUCACGUCUCAAAUUCCCUGUUCAAGGAAAAGGAGUGGUACUAUUUUGUAGAAAGGACAAAAAGACGUGGCACGACAGUGAACCGUACCGUGCCAGGUAAAGGAGAAAGCGAAGGUGGCACGUGGAAAUCCACCGCUAAGAAAACAAAGAUCGUCGACGGAGACGAUAAGGUUAUUGGUUACAAGCAGAGUCUCGUGUUCAACAAGAAAGUGAAGGGAAAGCCAGUGAAGACUGAUUGGCUCAUGACUGAGUUUUCCCUUCACAAGGAAGGUGUUGAGUUCCAAAACUGGGUCUUGUGUUGGAUCCGAGACAGACAGAAGAAGGACGAGAAACUCAACCUUGUCCCUCAGGUGGAGAACAACAACAACAACAUCGUCUUACCUGACCAAGAACAACAAGAAGAUGAUUUUAGUAAUCAGCUUGAGAUGAUGUUGAUGAAAGAGGAAGAACAUGGCGACGCCACUCAGCAGCAAGAGGAAGAUACACCGAUUCCUCCUCAUCCUCCUUUGCAGAGCAACGACAGCAACAACUUCAUGAUGAUGUCGAACCUUGUCCCUCAGGUGGAGAACAACAACAACAUCGUCUUACCUGACCAAGAACAAGAAGAAGAUGAUUUUGGUAAUCAGCUUGAGAAGAUGAUGAUAGAAGAAGAAUAUGGCGACGUCACUCGACAGCAAGAGGAAGAUACACCGAUUCCUCAUCCUUCUCCUUUGCAGAGCAAUGACAGCAACAACUUCAUGAUGAUGUCGAACCAAGAACAGGACCCGUGUAAUGGUUUUGGUUUUGAUGGAGAUGAUGAGAAUGAGUAUAUUGGCUACGAUCGACUUAUGCAAAUUAUGGAUGAACCGAUUGAGGCCACUCUCACUCAGCAAGAACAACGAUCAGAAGAUCGAUUACAGCUGCAUCAACCGAUUCCUAUAGCUCAAGGUCCAGGAGUAUACGCGGGUCAAGAUGAUAUGAUGAUGAUGACGAACAAUUAUGGGUAUAUGGAUGUAACUGCUUCGCUGGAGAAUCAGUGA